UUCGGCGAUCAGAAGUGAAGGCGCAACCGAAGCAACACGUUCCAUUUAGUAUACCAACGACCGUAGUGCCGGAAGGACUCGCUACCUUUACGUCUGAUAUCGUGUAAAUACAGAUGUACGGUCGCGCGUGAAUUAAUAAAAAUUUUGCAGCUUUUACGCUUCUAUUUAUGUAAACGUGGUCUUGCAUACGUCAACAGAGUUGUGCUUCAGAUGGUGCUAUUUAGAGAAUCGGCAUGGUUGUUAACCUUCACUUCGUGAACUUUUAGUUGAUUUAUAUUAACGUUAAACCGUCAUAGUUCAAGAAAUGACAGGCUGAGUGAUCAAUCUUUUACAGAAAAACCGUGUACAAAGUUCAAUAAGCAAAAGCUAUCAAGUCAGAUUUAUACAACACACGCGCAUAAAAUACAAUAUCACUAUGACGUAUUUACAUUCAAUCGGGGAAGUAAUUGGCUUCAUAGUAUUAUCUAUUAUUGCAAUAAUAGAGGGUAUUAUUAGAUCAUUUAUUCCCAAAAAGUACAAAAUGAAAAACAUAGAUGGCGAAAUUGCUCUCGUGACAGGAGGUGGUGGUGGAUUAGGGAGGCUUCUCUCCCUCAGGCUGGCCAAUUUGGGUGCCAUUGUCAUCGUUUGGGAUAUAAAUAAAAGUGGCAUUGAGGAAACUGUUAAGCUAGUACAGGCGAUCGGAGGUACAUGUUAUGGUUAUGUCUGUGACUUAUGCGACCGAGAAGAUGUAUAUAAAAAAGCCAAAAUUAUCAAUGACGAAAUCGGCAAGGUUACGAUUCUUAUUAAUAAUGCGGGCAUUGUUACGGGAAUGAAAUUUUUGGACACUCCGGACAAACUUAUUAUCAGAACAAUGGAUGUCAACAUUAUGAGUCAUUUUUGGGUAAGUAAAAAUUAUCAUUCAAAAUUAAUAUCCACUAUUAAAAAUUUAAAUAUAUUCAUAACUCAAUACGACAAAUUUUAA